AUGGCUUUUGUGGAGGAUGGAAACCACACUGCAGUAACAGAGUUCAUUUUAUUGGGAUUGACAGAUGACCCAGUUCUCAGAGUUGUCCUCUUCACCAUCAUCCUGUGCAUCUACCUGGUGACUGUGUCUGGGAAUCUCAGCACCAUCCUCCUCAUCAGAGUCUCUUCUCAGCUCCAUCACCCCAUGUACUUUUUUCUCAGUCACUUGGCUUCUGUUGACAUAGGCAUCUCAUCUUCUGUCACACCCAAUAUGCUUGUCAAUUUCCUGGUAGAAAAAAACACCAUCUCCUACCUUGGAUGUGCCAUCCAGCUUGGCUCAGCUGCUUUCUUUGGAUCAACUGAGUCCUUCAUUCUGGCUGUCAUGGCUUAUGAUCGUUUUGUGGCAAUCUGCAACCCACUGCUUUAUUCAACCAAAAUGUCCUCACGAGUGUGUAUCCAGUUGCUUGUAGGAUCUUAUAUUGGUGGUUUUCUUAAUGCUUCCUCCUUUAUUCUUUCCUUCUUUUCUUUUCUCUUCUGUGGACCAAAUAGAGUCAAUCACUUUUUCUGUGAUUUUACUCCUUUAGUUGAACUUUCCUGCUCUGAUGAUAGUGUCCUCAUAGUUGUGGAUUCAUUUUCUGCGGGCUCCAUCAUUGUGAUCACAGUGUUUGUCAUAGCCAUUUCAUACGCCUACAUCCUCAUCACCAUCCUUAACAUGGGUUCCACUGAGGGUCGCCAGAAAGCCUUCUCCACUUGCACCUCCCACCUCACUGCAGUGAUUGUUUUCUAUGGGACUGUCACAUUCAUCUAUGUGAUGCCCAAGUCCAGCUACUCCACAGACCAGAAUAAAGUAUUAUCUGUGUUCUACAUGGUGAUGAUCCCCAUGUUGAACCCACUCAUCUACAGCUUUAGGAACAAUGAGAUUAAGGGUGCUCUGAAGAGACAAUUUAGUAAGAAAACAUUUUCCUAG